CACAGCUAAAAACGCGUGCAUUGGCGCCCGCAGCCGACGCCUCGCUCCGCCGCCUCAGAGACGUAUAAUCACACUCGAAGAAGAGUGGGCAGGCACGGAGUCGCCGCGAGACGCAGGGGGGAGGACGAGAAAAGGCCAGGCAGGACCGUAAACGACACCAAUACCGCCACCAGUGCUCCGCACCGCUCGCACGCCGUCGCCGGGUGGUCGCAAGCCGCCGGGACGCCACACGACCCCCUACCUGCUUGCAACGCCACAGGCUCUGCGUAACAGCGCCGAGGGCAGCGGCGGGGCAGCCGGAGACGAGCCUAGAUAACAAACCAUGAACAAGACGCAGCGCUUCGGCGCCGGCGGCGGCGCGGGCGACAAGUUCAAGAUGGACCGCAUCCAGCUUUUUGUCACGGGCGACUUCAUCUCGAUUGAUCUCAGAGGCUGCCAGAUGCCGACGCCGCGGCCGCGGCCGCACAUCCCCGUCUUAUAUAGGGAGGGCGGCUUCACGCCGCCGGAACUGUACGACGCGAUCGAGGCGGCGGACGCGUGGAUGUAUUCGCGGAACAUCGGCGUGCUGUCGCGGUGCGUCAGCUUCACGCUGGGCGAGUGGGAGAAAGAAAUCUCGCCGCGGGGCGAAGUCAUGGAGCGGAGCCGCGUCUACGGCGAGAUCGAGGAGUUCACGGAGUUCCUGCGCCACGAGUUCCCCGAGUGGGCGGGCUACCUCGGCGUUGAGGACCCGCCGUACACGUACAUCAAGGGCUACGACUAGUUUUUGCGUGCGCAAGCAAGACGUAUAAGAAGACCCAAGUCCACGCGUGUUCUAGUUUAG